AUGGUUAAUGGGAAAACAUCUUCGAUAACAACAGCAGCAGCAGCAGCAACGAUGGACAGAGAAGAGCGAACGCAGCAGAACCUAGCAGAUCAUCAUGACAAGACAACACCAACAACACAACAUGCUCAAGUUACGAAAGAACUCAAAGACUCAUUGCGAAGAUAUUAUAGACAGCUGAUAUCUGGAUGUGGCCGAUUGGACUGUACGAAUGAGUAUUGUGCAUCAUCUGGUAAAUUUCCGAAGUUGACUAGUAACGGCGCAGCCGCACGUGCCCUGUUAUGUCUUCGCGAUAAAGCACCAUUCUGUGAUACAUCGCCAAAGUGGGAUUAUGAGGAGAGUAUAAACGAGGAUCGUAUCAAAGAGAUCUUCAAAAGAUGUCGUGAAGCGAACGAUUGGACAAUGAUGAAACGCUUCGUGGAAUAUAUAUUCGGUUCUCGUGAUGUAUUGCUCCGUUCAUUUGUUACACCCGACUUUGCAGAUAAAAUAUCAAAGGGAUGUGAGCAAACAACCGAAGUGAAUACCCCAAAAAUGAACUGUCAGCAAGAAGCAGUAAGCAUGCAGCCACCGUGUGCGCCUCGUAAACGUCGUGCAAUCGACUGCUGUUCAUCGGCAGCAAAUGCUUCACCAAAUAACACCCCCAAUAAUAAUAUCAGUACCGAUGACAGUACACCACAGCAACACAACACUAACGAUAAUACUCAUCAUAAUGAUACCGAUGAUGAAACGAUGAUUACAAGUCAACAAAUGGAACAACAAACCGCAGAAUCAACCGAAGUCGAUGCAAUAAGGACAGAUAAUCGAGGUGCAUCUGCAGAUGGAAGUGUAAAUGAGAACACUCCAACGACUCAACACGACCACUCUUCAGUUGCAUUAAGACGCAUCAACGUACAGCCAGCAAACGUAACACAGUCGGGUAGUAAUAUCGACACUGUCGUUUCGACUGCGUCUAAUAGUCUGACGAGGUCGGCAUCCGAUUUGGGUACGUCACACCCCACCUCACGCGCUGAGCAUUGCAAUGACUGUGGAUGGCGCAAUAUUGUGGUCGAGGAUAAAGAUGCACAAACUGAGAGUAUGGAUAUAAGUGAUAAAAAGACGAAUGCGGAGAAGAAUGAUGACAAAUCAAAUUUAUGCGAAGAGAACACCUCGGUGCUGAGUGCACUUCGGAGUGGAAGGUGUCCAACUGAUAUGGAAGCAGCGAAGCGUUGUUUCGAUAUUUUGUUCGAAAUGAACGACAAUCUCGGUGAUUUCCUCCAAAACGCAAUGGGUUCAGUGGCGAAACUGUGCAAUGCCAUCGAAUUUCAGUUACGCUACGAACGUGCCUGGGAACGCAAUCCAGCUGGAAUAGUGCACCUAAUGAAUCUCUUAUUUUCAUUACCAUUCGUUCAGUGGUUUGAGUUUAUUGAUGUCGGUUUAAUGCCGUUAUGCAAGAUGUGCACUAAUUUGGGCAACGAAGGGCAAAUGACGGUGGCGAGUGUUUGGGCUAACUUUGAAGCAGAAUGGUUGCAGGAUCACAUAGGAAUGUUGCAGCAGGCGAUAACAAUUCGUGUAUUAACUGUAAUUGAUGCAGUCGGAAGUUUGCCGCGAUUUACGGAUCGAAUCGAACCACUGCCAACGGCCGUGCAGACACUUUCGAUUCUUUACAAAGCCGUUUUGAUCAAAGCGAAACGAUCCACCGAACAACAGUUACCGCGAGAAUUACUUCUUAAACAUCAGAAUCGAGAACAAAGAACUACACCACUGCCUUCUGACGCAAUGGAUACUUCAGAGGAUGCAGUAACGCAUGAUCGUGAGUUAUUCAGUAAUAUCGAUUUGAUUGCAGACGAAAAUGACGACGACGGAGAGAAUCGUGCUGCGAGAAUGGCCGAGAUCGACGCGUGGGCAGUGACGAACACAUGCUUCCCGCUUACCGAAUUUAUCAAUACAUCACUCAGCGAAAACUUCUCAGUUGAAGACGAUUUUGUUGCGUAUAAGUCGUUCCAAAACGGUCGUGCAUUCUCGGUUCUACCUGAAUAUUCGUUCGUGUUAUCACUGGAAGCGAAACAGCGAUUCCUGAUUAUUUACAAUCGAAUCAAACAACGUUCCGAACGACGUCAUGCGAUCGCAGAUGCGAUUACGUACGGAGUGAUGAUCGAGCCCUACCUGAGACUUGCUGUUCGACGAAGUAAUGUCGUACGAGAUGCACUCGAUGGGCUCUCCGCGGUUGCAUUCGAUAACGUGGGUAACUUCAGAAAGCAACUUCGUGUCUAUUUUGAUGACGAACAAGCCGUGGACGAAGGCGGCGUCUCUAAAGAAUUCUAUCAGCUAAUAACACAACAACUAUUUUGUCCUGAUUAUGGAAUGUUCAUAUUCAAUGAAAAGAGCGGAUUGUAUUGGUUCAAUUCACAGUGCACAUUUUGUGAUGAUGAAUAUGGCUUGAUUGGUUUAUUGUUUGGUUUGGCAAUUUACAAUAAUAUUCUGGUGGAUGUUCGGUUUCCGAUCGCUUUGUACACUAAGUUGUUGGCGAGGCCAGCACAAUUCGAUGAACUUGAUGAACUGGAUCCGGAUUUAUAUCGAGGAUUGACAGAGUUGCUCGCUUGUGAGGACGAUGUUGAGAAUAUCUAUUGCUAUUCGUUUGAAAUAUCAUAUAAAGAUGCAUUCGGCCACACUCAUGCCAAAGAACUCAUUCCAAAUGGUAAAAAUAUUCGAGUGACGAAUGAAAACAAAAAGGAAUUCGUUUUGUUGUACGCCGAUUUCUUGUUGAACGUUCUGGUGAAACGACAAUUCGAAGCGUUCAGUGCUGGAUUCGUGAAGGUGGCGAAUCAAGGACUGUUGCGACGAUUGUGUCAACCGCAGGAAGUUGAAGAGCUUGUAUGUGGAGUGCUGGAUUUGAAUUUUGACAUAUUGGCAAAAUCAACUCGCUAUCAAAACGGCUAUUCGGAAUCCAGUCAGACGAUCAGGGACUUAUGGACAGUCACGAGGGCGAUGACAAUUGAGGAGAAAAAAAUGUUCCUACAGUUUAUUACUGGAUCGGAUCGAGUGCCGGUUGGUGGACUUGCGAAGUUGGAUGUGACCAUCGCUCGGAACGGUGAUGAUAAAAAACGACUGCCAACAGCGCAUACAUGUUACAAUAUAAUGCUUCUACCGGAUUAUUGCGAUCUUGAAGUGACCAAAGAGCGUCUUCUCAAGGCGAUCAGCUAUAGCCGUGGUUUUGGUCUUCAGUAG